AUGAAUUCUGCAGGGUCUCCUCGAAUCCCGUGUGGCCUUUUGGGUCAGGGUCGAUUGAACGUUGCUUCUACAGGGACGUCCUGCAAGCAUAGGAUCGAUACUUCUCCAGAGAGAAAAGAGAAGAGAGAAGAUCCGCAUUGUGAUCGCCACAGAGUAGCCCGCCUUGGACCUAAGAAAGCUGGCCAGCAUAGCCCCCUGCGGGAGGAACAUGUGACCUGUGUGCAGAGCAUCUUAGAUGAAUUCCUUCAAACUUACGGUAGCCUCAUCCCCCUCAGCACUGAUGAAGUUGUAGAGAAGUUGGAGGACAUUUUCCAGCAGGAGUUCUCAACACCCUCCAGGAAGAGUCUGGUACUACAGCUGAUCCAGUCUUACCAGCGGAUGCCAGGCAACGCCAUGGUAAGGGGCUUCAGGGUAUCCUAUAAGCGACAUGUGCUCACCAUGGAUGACUUGGGUACCUUAUAUGGACAGAACUGGCUCAAUGACCAGGUGAUGAACAUGUAUGGAGACCUGGUCAUGGACACAGUCCCUGAAAAGGUGCAUUUCUUCAAUAGCUUCUUCUAUGAUAAGCUCCGUACGAAGGGUUAUGACGGGGUAAAGAGGUGGACCAAAAACGUGGACAUCUUCAAUAAGGAACUACUGUUAAUCCCCAUCCAUCUGGAGGUGCACUGGUUCCUUAUCUCAGUUGAUGUAAGGCGACGUACCAUCACCUAUUUUGACUCACAGCGAACUCUAAACCGCCGAUGCCCUAAGCAUAUUGCCAAGUACCUACAGGCAGAGGCAGUCAAAAAAGACCGACUGGACUUCCACCAGGGCUGGAAAGGUUACUUCAAAAUGAAUGUGGCCAGGCAGAAUAAUGACAGUGACUGUGGUGCCUUUGUGUUACAGUACUGCAAGCACCUGGCCCUGUCUCAGCCAUUCAGCUUCACUCAGCAGGACAUGCCCAAACUCCGGCGUCAGAUCUGCAAGGAACUGUGUCACUGCAAACUCACUGUGUGAGCCUCAUACCCCAGGCCCUUAGCCCAUCAAUGGGCAAGGGAACAAGGGAGACCCUUCCCAAGAAACUCCAGUUCCUUUUUGUUUCUCUACCCAAUUCCCUUUAAAUUUUCAUAUUUAAAUGUUUGAUUUCUGUAUUUUGUUUUCUUUGCGAGUAUGGUGAUUUCUGAUGGGAGGGGAAUGGCCACAUAAAAGCCCCUUUCUCCCUCUCUAGGGGAAUGUUGCCUUGUGACAUAGGGGAGCAUCCAUUCCUCCUUCCAUGUUCAGAGGGCAGGAAAACUGUGUGGGGGUGGUGGGCGCGCAAAGGGAUUACUGCCUGCCAGAUCUUCAAACUUUUUUUUUUAUAUAUAAAUAUAUAUAAAAAUGCCAUGGUCCUGCUCUGGUCAAUAAAGGAUCCUUUGAAGAUAAAAAAAAA